AUGGUCUCUAAAUUAGAAUGGUUGGUCGAAUUGAAACCAACAACUAACAAUGCUUUGAGAAGAACCUCUAUCAUUGGUACUAUUGGUCCAAAAACCAACAGCCCAGAAGUUUUGGUUGAAUUGAGAAAGGCUGGUUUGAACAUUGUCCGUAUGAACUUUUCCCACGGUAGUUACGAAUACCACCAAAGUGUUAUUGACAACGCUAGAAAAUCCGAAGAAUUGUACCCAGGUAGACCAUUGGGUAUUGCUUUGGAUACUAAAGGUCCAGAAAUCAGAACUGGUAACACCACCAACGAUGUUGAUUACCCAAUUCCUCCAAACCACGAAAUGAUUUUCACCACCGAUGAAAAAUACGCCAAGGACUCCAAUGACAAACUUAUGUUCAUUGACUACAAAAACUUGACCAAGGUUAUCCAAAAGGGUAAGAUUGUCUACGUUGAUGAUGGUAUUUUGUCUUUUGAAGUUUUGGAAGUUGUUGAUGACAAGACUUUGAAGGUCAAAUCCUUGAAUGCCGGUAAGAUCUCUUCUCACAAGGGUGUCAACUUGCCAGGUACCGAUGUUGAUUUACCAGCUUUGAGUGAAAAGGACAAGGAAGAUUUGAGAUUUGGUGUCAAGAACGGUGUUCACAUGGUUUUUGCUUCUUUCAUCAGAACUGCCAACGAUAUUUUGACUAUCAGAGAAGUUUUGGGUGAAAAGGGUAAGGACAUCAAGAUCAUCUGUAAGAUUGAAAACCAACAAGGUGUCAACAACUUUGAUGAAAUUUUGAAGGUUACUGAUGGUGUUAUGGUUGCCAGAGGUGAUUUGGGUAUUGAAAUUCCAGCUCCACACGUUCUUGCUGUCCAAAAGCACUUGAUUGCCAAGUCCAACUUGGUCGGUAAGCCAGUUAUCUGUGCUACCCAAAUGUUGGAAUCUAUGACUUACAACCCAAGACCAACCAGAGCUGAAGUUUCCGAUGUUGGUAACGCUGUUUUGGAUGGUGCUGACUGUGUUAUGUUGUCUGGUGAAACUGCCAAGGGUAACUACCCAGUCAAUGCUGUUAAGACAAUGGCUGAAACUGCUUUGAUCGCUGAACAAAUGAUUCCAUACGGUCCAACUUACGAUGACUUGAGAAACUUGACUCCAAAGCCAACUAGCACCACUGAAACUGUUGCUGCUGCUGCCGUUGCUUCUGUUGCUGAAGAAGAAGCCAAGGCCAUUAUUGUCUUGUCCACCACUGGUACCACUGCUAGAUUGGUUUCCAAAUACAGACCAAAUGUUCCAAUUAUCUUGGUUACCAGAAACGCUAGAACUGCUAGAUUCUCUCAUCUAUAUAGAGGUGUUUUCAGUUUUGUUUAUGAAAAGGCUGUUAACUCUAACUGGACUGUUGAUGUCGAAGAAAGAUUGAGAUUCGGUGUCGAAAAGGCUAAGGAAUUCGGUAUCUUGAACGCUGGUGACUCUGUUGUUACUGUCCAAGGUUCCAACUCUGGUGUUGGUCACUCUAACACUUUACGUAUUGUUAAGGCUUAA